AGUCUCAACACCGACCAGGCCCACCCACUGACAGUGAACAUAUGUGCGCGUCAUGGUGACAGCGAAGACGUCAAGGUGGAAGCAAAGCCCUCAGUCGCGGUCUACUUAAGCCCUGAAUUACCCUCAGCUGUUGCUGUGAGCCAUCUUCACUACACCUUAUCAAAUCAAGAAGCAUUGCUUUCAUCGUUAUCAUGGAUUUUCUCAAGUCUCACGUGAACCUCCCCAACGUGACUCUCCCCGACCUCAGGCAGUUCUCUUCGUCAACGGUCAAAGACUUCGCAACCCUCAUCAAGGGUGACCCUCAGCUAUUCCAGCUCGCAUCGGCGAUGUUCAUCCAGACUGGAUCCAACCCCAUGGAUAUCCCGCAGCGACUAGUCACCUUUCUGACCGACUUGGACCAGGUGGUCCGGACUGCUCCCUCGUACAAUGCCUCCGCUGCCAACCACUCCCUUGGAGGCACCCUGGGCCUUCUCACCAACGUGACCGAACCCUUCAUCAAGUCCCCAGCCGGACGGGUAUUCUUUUCGGAUGCACGAGUCGACAAGGCCUCCCGGUCUCUUAUGAAAGAGUGGACCGUCUUCCUGACAUCCCCCGAAUCAGCCAGCGUGCUGCACGAGGGGCCCGGCGGAUGGUUCAGCAGCGAAGCUCUCGGGGAAGAGAGCUUGGACGACUUCGAUGCGACCUUCGUCACCGACCCAGCGCAGGAGCAUCACCGCUAUGUAUCUUGGGACGACUUCUUCAUCCGCCGAUUCAGGGAGGGCGUCCGUCCCAUCGCCGAUCCCGACAACGAUACCGUCAUCACUGCGCCCUGCGAAGCUAUUCCAUUCCGCAUUCAGACCGACCUCCAGUCCAACGACAUCUUCGAUAUCAAGGAGCAGAAAUACUCGCUCCGCAUGAUGUUCGAUGACGAUCAGCUUGCCGAGCAGUUUAUCGGCGGGAGACUCUAUCAAGGGUAUCUCCACCCUACAUCCUACCAUCGCUGGCAUGCGCCCAUCUCCGGCACCAUUCUAGCGAUGAAAACUAUCCAGGGUCGCUUCGCUCCAGCGCUCCUAUCGAUCAGUGACGCGAUCGAAAGCGAGGGAGCGCGCAAGGUGUCGGAAUGGGGAAAGGCCGAGGCCCAGGCUGCAGUCCACGAGGCCUCCCGGAGUGUGAUUGUUAUCAACAAUGAGAGGUUGGGCGCGGUGGGCUGCGUCUUCGCGGGGAUACGAGAGCGAGGGUCUUGCGAGCCAACGGUGAAGGAGGGGGAUCAGGUCGGCAAAGGCGAUGAAAUUGGCAUGUUCCACUUCGGAGGCAGCAGUCACGCCCUUAUCUUUAGUCCGAGCCUUAAUGUCUUCUUUCCCAGCUUUGAAGAGCGAUCUAGUCGCGACCUUGUGAAUUCGCUGAUUGGGAGGUCUGGAAGGUUUGAGUAGCAGCGAUGCUGAUCAUGGAGAGCUGUUGGGAGGAGGUUAGGGUUGAUUGGGGCAAGCCUUUUUCCCAGUUCGACCGGGAGUUUCUGUCUCUUAACGAUGGAAAUGACUUUUGUAUCAUUGCGGCUUGAGCUUGGAUGAAUAUGAGAUUGUCCUUAUUGCUUUUCUCCGGGUACUCGUGCUCGUGGACUUUUCAUCUGUUCGGAAGCUUCCCUCAACCCUAACUUGAUAGUGUUGGUGUAGAUUAACGAGGCCAAUGCAGCCACAGAAAGGGAGUCAAUUGUACGGUUACCUCCGGCAGGUAGACUUCACUUAAUCCUUGAGCAUUGCAUUGAGUAAUUGAAGGUCCUUGCUCCGGAUUACAAUCCGAGAUUCUGUCAUUACCACAGACAUGCAC